AUGGUGAUAAAGCUCUCAACUUUAAAGCUUCCCAAGAAAAUCCCCAACUGGGUUUGUUCAAAAUCCUCUCUUUCUUCACUCUCUGGUGCUUGUAGGAUUCAAAUCACCCCUGAAACCAAUCAACCCUCUACCCCUUCUUCUGACUUUGAUUCAAAGAUUCAACUUGUAAAGACUAAGCUUCACCCUGAAACCUUAGCCAGCGUUCUUGAUUCCACUACUGAUUUGGAUUCUUCGUUGAAGCUAUUCAAAUGGGCUUCCCUUCAAAAAAGGUUUCAUCACUCUGCUGAUACUUAUUUUCAGAUAAUCUUGAAGCUAGGUAUGGCUGGAAAAAUAGAUGAAAUUGAAGGAUUUUGUAAUGAGAUGGUAAAGGAGAAAUGUCCAAAUUAUGAACAGGUUCCUUUGGCUUUGUUAGAUGCAUUUGUUAGAAAUAAUAGGCUUAGUGAGGCUUUAUGUGUUCUUUCUUGUAUAAAUUUGAGUAGCUUAAAGCCCUCUAUAUCUGUAUUUAAUCAAUUAUUGGGUGCACUUAUAACGGAAAAGAAAGAAUUUAAGGACGUAUUGUUCGUUUAUAAAGAGAUUGUGAAGGCUGGAAUUGGUCCCAAUAUUGAUACACUUAAUUAUCUGAUAGAGGCUUUGUUUGCUGCCAAUCGUGUCGAUGCUGCAUUGGACCAAUACAAACGUCUUCAUAAGAAAGGUUGUAAUCCUAACGGAAGGACUUUUCAGAUAAUUAUUGGUGAACUUGUUGCAAGGCGUAAAGUGGAUGAGGCACUUGUAAUUUUGGAUGAUAUGUUUAGAAUACGGUGUGAACCGGAUUAUUCUAGCUUUUAUACUCAUAUAAUUCCUUUAUUUAGUAAGAUGAAUAAAUUAGAUGUAGUAACGAGGUUGUUCUCUAUGAUGAGAGAAUCUAAGGUUCUUCCGGAUACACCAACUUAUGGGGCAAUGAUAAAGUGUUUGUGCGAGAAUCUUCUUGUGGUUGAUGCUAUAAAACUUGUAGAUGAGAUGGUGUAUAGUGAUGUUAGGCCAGAUGACGACGUGUUCAUGAGUAUAAUAGAUGGAUUAUGUGAAUUGAAUAUGUUGAGUGAAGCUAAGAAGUUUUUGAAUGACAAAGAAGUUGCACGUGUAUUGCCUUACAAUGCACUUCUUGAAGCUAUUCUAGAUGAUGACGCCUUUAGUAUGGCCAGAGAUCUGUUUG